AUGUUGAGAAAAGAAUUCUACCAGAGCAUACCAACGCUUGAGUUCCUCAGUUUCAUUCACGCAAUGUCGUUAAGUUCUGCAGACUUAGAUGGCUUGAAUGAGCUUUUAGGGGGCUUGAUGUCGAUUCAAAACGAUCCUCGAAGAGCGGCAGAGGAGACUUUGGAGACAAGUUGGAGAGGCCCAGCCAGAGUGGGUGUUCUUCUUUUAUACUUGGCUACGAAUGCUGCAAAUGGCUCAGAUGAUACAGUUCGCUCUUUCUGUGCAAUUUUGUUCCGUCGUAUGGCCAUUCGUUCACCAAAAGACCUUGGAAGUGUGAUAGAUCGAACUAUAGGAGAAAUCGAUGAAUCUGUGAAGACGCAAAUAAGAGAUGUGCUUUUGAAGGGGUUUGUUUCACAACAGUCGGCAGCAGUGAGACGAAAGCUUGCAGAUGCUAUUGCUGAAGUCGCCCGUGAAGAUGCCUCACCUAGAGGUACCUGGCCCGAUCUAAUCCCAAACUUGUUCGACUGUGCGAGCAGUCAAGAAUCGAGCCUUCGAGAGUGCGCUUUUCGUGUAUUGUCUAGCUGCCCUGAGAUGAUUGAGACGAAUUAUAUUGACAGAAUUUUGCUCCUAUUUGAAGCUGGAUUUGAAGAUGGUGACGAUGAUGUUAGGAUUGCCGCUUGCACAGCGUUUGUUUCUUUUUUUAGAGAGUCCCCAAGAAACGUGUGGCUGGUGAUGAGCCCAUUGCUACCAAGUUUGUUGAACUCUCUACCAAGGUUUCUCGAGAAUGCACACGAUGAGGCACUUGCAAAUGUGUUGGAAAGUCUUGUUGAACUCGCGGAGAUGGCUCCCAGAAUGUUUAAGGAUAUGUUUUCAAAGAUCAUUGAAUUUUGUUCGACGGUGUGCAAAAAUAGAGAUUUGGAAGUGAAUGCAAGGCUCGGAGCUUUAGAACUCUUGACAACCUUCGCCGAAGUCUCCCCUGCGAUGUGUAAGCUGACUUCAAGCUAUGCAAGUACGAUGGUUAUGAUUAAUCUAUCUCUCUUGACUGAAGUUAGCAUCGAUGAUGAAGAUGCAGCGGAGUGGAACAACAAUGAUAAUACCGAGGAUGAUGAAGAUGAACCCGAAUAUGAGGCAGCUAGACAAAUCCUUCCUGCUUUGAUUUCGAAGCUCACAGAUAAAUCUGUUUUCAAAGUUCAAAAACAUGCCGCCGCUGCUUUAGUUAACUUCUGCGAGGCAGCAUCGAAUGACGUCUUGGACCCAUUCUUGGACAGUUUGUUGAAUAACUUAUUGGCGCUUUUGCAAUCACCAAAACGAUACGUUCAGGAACAAGUUUUGACCACUAUCGCGAUCAUUGCAGACGCAGCGCAGAAAAAAUUCAUCAAGUACCACGACGCUCUCCUCCCUUUGUUAGUAAACUUUCUAAAGAGCGAUUUAGGUGAGGAGUAUCGUUUACUAAAAGCUAAAUGUGUCGAGUGUGCUACACUUAUAUCUAGCGCUGUGGGUAAAGACAUAUUCAGCCAACAUAGUGACAACUUGAUCGACAUCAUGAUUGUUCUUCAGGAGACAUGCACAGAUUUGGAUGAUCCACUCAAGUCAUUCUUGGAGCAAGGGUGGGGCAGAAUCUGCAAGCUCAUCGGGAAAGAUUUUGUCAAAUAUUUGCCUCUUGUUUUACCGCCUCUACUCCAGACUGCCAAAGCCGCGCAAGAUGUUUCAUUUUUGGAGGAAGAUGAAGCUGAAGAGUUCAAUAAUAGUGAAGAGUGGGAUGUCAUAAACUUAUCCGGGAAGUUGAUUGCGGUGCACACUGCCGCUCUUGACGAUAAGGAGGACUUUUUCCCCUGGGUUGGAGAGAUCGCACAAGAGAUUGCCAUACCGGCUUUGGACUUCUAUCUUCAUGAUGGAGUUAGAGCAUCAUCUUCCUUACUUCUUGCGUCGCUUUUUAAGAGCGUCGUGUAUGCUACAGGUGCUCGAUCUCAAGAGACGUCAAGUAUGUGGGCGCAAAUCUGUGUAAAAUUGAGCGAAGUUUUGAGAACGGAGCCUGUCCCUGAGCUUCUCAUGGCGUAUUACACGUCCCUUGUCGAGUGUAUGGAAACGUUGGAUCCUGAAAUAUUGACUACUGCGCAUCUCGAGUUUCUAGCUGAAGCUGUUCAUGCGAACCUUACUGAAAUCUAUGAGAGAAUUAAGAAUAGAGACGGCGAAGGCGAUCAAUUUACUGAGGAUGUGGAUGAUAGCGAGGAGGAAAUCACUGACGAGGAACUCCUCGACGAACUUAAUCGGGUAAUUACAUGCUUGUUUAAGAUUGGGGGUACGAAGUUUGCUCCCUUUUAUGAGAAGCUUUUGGCUCCACUUGUUUCAAGUUUUAUUGUGGAUGACAAUUCUUCUAUAAAAUUAUGUGGCUUGAGUGUCGUCUGCGAUAUUUUCAAAUACUUUUCGGAAUAUCCAGAUCUGUCAAAUUACCUCAAGUACAUAAUUGCGGAAGGCUUGACCUCCCCCAAGCUGAGAUCAGGCAGGGAGCAGCCCACGCGAUCGCAUUAG